AUGGAGCCCUCCGCCUUCCCCUCAGAAGGGGUUUCUGGCUCGCACCACUGCUUGGGAACCAAACGUCCCCGGUGGGCUUCUUUCGCAGAGAGAGAGAGAGACCCCCGCAUUUGCAGGGGGGUCGGACUAGAUGACCCUGGGGUGGCCCCUCCGGUCGCCUCAGCCUGGCUUCUUCCUCGCUGUCCCCGCGGCCUGCAGCCUCCCUUCCUCCCCUCCUUCCUCCCUCCCGAGGCAAAAGAGCGGCGAGGCGGCGCUUGGGCAGGAUCGGGGCGUUCACCGGAAGGAGGAGGCGGCUUGCGCUUCGUUCGGGGCUGCGCUGGCCUCCCCCGUCGCGUGAGGGAGAGGAAGGAGGGCGGCGAGCGGCGCCGGGCCUGGACGGGCGGCGGAAGAAGCAGCAGCAGAGACCGUGAGUGUCCCCCGCGGCCGCCGCCGCCUUCUUCCCUCAGUCAGUCAGUCAGGCAGUCGGGGCCGCCGCCAACGCGCGUCGCGUCCCCUCCCCCCCUCCCCCCACUGGACUCCCUAACGGCGCCUCCUCCUCCUCUUCUCCCCUCACGCGCCUCAGUUACCUCAGGAACCCAGCGAGGGGUCUUCCGGGCCCGCCUGGCGCCGCUUGCAUUAGCAUCCUCAGCCAACAUCCUUGUUAUUUAAUAAAUUUGCAUACCGCAGGUCUCAGGGCGGUUCACAACAUAAACAGAGACAUAAAUAUAAACAUAUUAUUAUUAUUAUUUAUUUAUUAUUUUUGGUGGUGUGAACUGCCCUGAGAUCUAUAGAUGAAGGGCAGCAAUUCAGUGCCUGAUUGUUGUUGUUGUUGUUUAGUCGUUUAGAUUUCCACCCAUUUGACCAUUGUUGUUGUUGUUGAGUCGUUUAGUCGUGUCCGCCUCUUCGUGACCCCCUGGACCAGAGCACGCCAGGCCCUCCUGUCUUCCACUGCCUCCCGCAGUUUGGUCAAACUCAUGCUGGUAGCUUCGAGAACACUGUCCCACCAUCUCGUCCUCAGAGCACACAGGAAAUUCUCCCAAAGAUUCUCUCUCCAUUGACGUGGAUGUGCAAGAACGCAGUGAUGCUCCCAAGGCGCAUGGUUCAUGCCAAUGGGGCAUGCACAGAACGACUUCCGAGCACAUAAGCUUUGUUAAGCUGCUUGCUUUAGCGUUUGGUAGAAGGGUUGUUGUUGUUUAGUCGUUCAGUCGUGUCUGACUUUUCAUGACCCCCUGGACCAGAGCACGCCAGGCCCUCCUGUCUUCCACUGCCUCCCAGUUUGGUCAAACUCAUGCUGGUCACUUCGAGAACACUGUCCCACCAUCUCGUCCUCGGUCUUCCCCUUCUCCUUGUGCCCUCCAUCUUUCCCAACAUCAGGGUCUUUUCCAGGGAGUCUUCUCUUCUCAUGAGGUGGCCAAAGUCUUGGACCCUCAGCUUCAGGAUCUGUCCUUUCAGUGAGCACUCAGGGCUGAUUUCCUUCAGAAUGGAGAGGUUUGAUCUUCUUGCAGUCCAUGGGACUCUCAAGAGUCUCCUCCAGCACCAGAAUUCAAAAGCAUCAGUUCUUCGGCGAUCAGCCUUCUUUAUGGUCCAGCUCUCACUUCCAUACAUCACUGCUGGGGAAACCAUAGCUUUUACUAUACAGACCUUUGGUAUAAGCUAAACAAGCUAUAGCUUAGGGCCCCACUCUCUUGGGGGCCCCAAAAAAAAUUAAAGGGAAAAAACUGGAUAUACAUUUCCAAAAUACAAGAUAAAAACCUACAUACAGCAACAAUGUUUUGUGUUGUGUAGGCUCCUAUGAUGUAAGUAAUGGGCCCUGCCUGCUCCCCUUCUCCCUAAAAUAUCACUGGUUUGCUCAUUUCUAUAUCAAUUACUUUGAUAAAAUACAUAUUUUGUUGUCUGCAAAUGGCUUUAGAUAGCUAUUAGGUCCACAAAUUACCAUAUAGCAUAUUGGUAUAUAGCAAUUUGUUGUUGACAAAGGACAGCUGCUCAUAUAAAAGGCCCCAUUAUCUUCAGUAGCUUAGGGCCUCAUCAAACCUAAAUCCUGCCCUGAUGAUGUUGAUGAUGAUUUAUUGAAUUUAUAUACCGCCCUAUACCCCGAGGUUUCAGGGCGGUUCACAGAAAAGAUCAGCAUAAAAACCACAAUAUAUGUAAUCAAAAUAAAAACAGCAACCCAGUAACACACUCCCAGUGUGUUUCGUUUAUUAAAUUUGUAUACUGUACUGUCCUUCAUUGUAGGUCUCAGGGCGGUUCACAACAACAUAACACCAUUAUUAUUAUUAUUAUUAUUAUUUCAUUUAUUCCCCACGCAUCUGACUGGGUUUCCCCAGCCACUCUGGGUGGCUUACAGCAUAUAUAACAGCAUACUAAAACAUCAAGUAUUUAAAGUUUUGUUGCUGUGAGCCAUGGGCAUAGGCAGAAUUUAUUUGGGGGGGAGGGCAGGAUUUAUGUUGGGGCAGAACUGAGUUAUCUGCAACACAAUUGGUCAGUUAUGUGUUUUUACAGUGGUGCCUCGCAAGACGAAAUUAAUUCGUUCCGCAAGUUUUUUCUUCUUGCGAGUUUUUCGUCUUGCGAUGCACGGUUUCCCAUAGGAAUGCAUUGAAAAUCAAUUAGUGCGUUCCUAGGAAGCCGACUUCAGACCAGGUCCGGGGACAGUCUGUCCCCGACCUCUUCUGAAGGCUGGGGGGGACAAGGGCUUUUCUUCCACCCACCCCAGCAUUUUAAAAACCCCGGGACAGCGGAGGGCUUCUCCGCUGUCCGGGCGAUCUUAAAAUGCUGGCGGGCGGCAUUUUAAAAUUGCCCGGGACAGCGGAGGACUUCUCCGCUGUCGGGGCAAUUCAAAGCCCCUGGGAAGGCAGGCAGGGGGACAAGACUUUUGCCCCCGCCAGCCUUCAGAAGAGGUCCUGGACCUCUUCUGAAGGUUGGCGGGGCGAAGUCUUGUCCCCCACCUGCCUUCAAAAGCUGUCCAGCCAAGGCUUCGCGGACCUCUCCGCAAGCAGCGGCAGCACUGCCGCUGCUUGCGGAGAGUUGCCGGCAUGCCGAAGCCUGCGCGCGCUGAGAUCAGCGCGCCCAGGCUCCGCGGACCUCUCCGCGAGCAGCGGCGCAGCGCUGCCGCUGCUUGCGGAGAGUUGCCGGCAUGCCGAAGCCUGCGCGCGCUGAGAUCAGCGCGCCCAGGCUUCGCGGACCUCUCCGCGAGCAGCGGCAGCGCUGCCGCUGCUUGCGGAGAGUUGCCGGCAUGCCGAAGCCUGCGCGCGCUGAGAUCAGCGCGCCCAGGCUCCGCGGACCUCUCCGCGAGCAGCGGCAGCGCUGCCGCUGCUUGCGGAGAGUUGCCGGCAUGCCGAAGCCUGCGCGCGCUGAGAUCAGCGCGCCCAGGCUUCGCGGACCUCUCCGCGAGCAGCGGCAGCGCUGCCGCUGCUUGCGGGGAGUUGCCGGCAUGCCGAAGCCUGCGCGCGCGGAGAUCAGCGCGCCCAGGCUCGCGGACCUCUCCGCGAGCAGCGGCAGCGCUGCCGCUGCUUGCGGAGAGUUGCCGGCAUGCCGAAGCCUGCGCGCGCUGAGAUCAGCGCGCCCAGGCUCAGCGGACCUCUCCUGCCUUCAAAAGCCGUCCGGGAUAGCGGGAAGCGCUUCCCUGCUAUCCCGGACUGCUUUUAAAAUGCUGAGCGGUGAGGAGCAAAGCCUUUCGGCCCCGCCAGCCUUCCUGGACCUCUUCUGAAGGCCGGAGGGGAAGGCUUUGCUCCCCACCGCUAGCAUUUAAAAGAGGUCCCCGGAGAUUUCCUAUGGGCUUUCGUCUUGCGAAGCAAGCCCAUAGGAAAUUCGUUCUAUGAGCGCCUCCAAAACGGAAAACCCUUUCGUCUAGCGGGUUUUCCGUCUUGCGAGGCGUUCGUCUUGCGGGGCACCACUGUAUUUGUUUACUUGAUUUGGAGGGGGCAGCUGCACCCCCUGGCUAUGCCCAUGUUGUGAGCCACCCUGAGAUCUACAGAUUAAGGGGCAGUAGGCAGAUUUAAUAAGCAAACAAACAAAGUGUGUUUCAUUUAUUUAUUAAAUUUAUUAAGCAUCUUGGGGUGGCCAGUCCACAGCAUUAAAUACACAAAAUAGACAAAACACAUAAUGAGAACAGGAACAAACCAAACCAAUAACCACUUACUUCCUCACUUGCCCGUCUUUUCAUUCCUCAGGAAGGAAGGGAAACUUCUCAAAUGUAAGCAACAUGCUGGGUAAUAACAGGUCUCUUAUUUCUGCCAGUUUUGGGGAUAACUUCUAGUUCUUCUCCCUGCAGAAAAGGCCUUUUCUUGAUCCAGAGCAGACACUUUUUUGGCUAGAUGCACCGGGCCCAGUGAAUUUAUUUAUUACUUUGUUUUAUCAGAUUUGUAUACAGCCCUUCACCUGAAGACCUCAGGGCUGGUUCACAGUGUAAAAAUACAAAAUGGAAACACAUGAUAUAUAAUGAAAACAAGAACAAAAACAAAUGGCAUUUGUUAUCCUCAUACAUAGCCAUGGAGAGACCCUAAGGGGGAAGAAAAAGUGCUAUCCUUGUUCUGAAUGAGUAUUAUUAUUAUUAUUAUUUAAGCCUUGUUUAUGUCCCAGCUCUGUGUGGCCUUAUUAUUGUCCUCCUGCAUUUCAUGGCCCUGUUGGCGUCACUAUUUGCAGUCUCUCUUUGAUAAAAGAGAAAUAAUCAAGCAUUGCAACAUUCUUGCAGCAUAUAUAGAUGUAAAUGUACACAAAGAAUACUAGCAUAUUCAUAUUGGGAGAAAACUAGGAUAGAACCCAUUUCCCUGUCAUGCAAGUGCUGUAAGUGCGCAAAAAACAAAUAAUAUAAAGGAGCAUUCUAUGAUGCAGGCUCUUGCCUGCAAUCUGAAGCAGCAAACCUGCUUCUGGACUACAUUUUCUGCUUCUGUGAGAGCAACACCUAAAGGGCUUCUUGGAGACUAGUCUAGGAGUAAAUAGUAUUCCUGAAAUGGCAUCAUUUGGGAGGAAAACUGCGCAUCCCUGAAUGAGCGUUUCUCUAAGGAAGUGCCCUUCGGGUUCUUACAAUUUUAUUAUGAAGGAAUCUUUUGUCAAAACACACACACAUCUGUUUUUUUCAAACUCACACAGCACAAUGAUUUACUGAUGUGCUUUUUCACAGGAACUUUCAUCUCCGUUUUUAACAAAGAGCCCGAGUGUCUGAUUGUGGUGUGUCCAGAAUACCAGCAGGACUCAAGUAGGAGUGUAGAGUGCUUAUGA